GAAAGGGAAGUUACGUUGAUCACAAGGAAAUCAGAAUCGAGUGAGGAACGUCGUGGCCUUCCUGUUGGGACUUCCUUUGAUGAAUACAAAGCUUUGGGGUUUCCGUAAGUGCUACCUGCUCAGGCAGCCUUUCUGCUUGAGUAGUCCCUCAGCUCAGCUACUCGGAACUUAAGCGCUUGGUUGUUAAGCUCGAGCUUGUUCCCGCCGCCACCAAGAAUCAUAUGGGCAUAAUAGCACGGUUAUCCCAAGAUGCCGACUUUUAAUCGUGUCCUGGUCUCUAUCAUCGCCAUUGCGGGUGCUGGUAGCGUCUCGGCUAUCCCGUAUAACACAUUUGACGGCGAAGGCUUUCCCGCUUGCAACGACGUCGCUCUCGUCCACAAUGCUACUAGUGUCGAUGAUAUCGUCCAGAUAGUGAAGAAUGCUUCUGCCAACGGAACACCUGUAAGGGCAUCAGGGAAGGGCCACAUGUGGUACAAUACAAUGUGUUCAGACAACCCGGACACGAUCAUCGUCCGCACGGAAAACGUAAACAAGAUCUCAAAUCUAGUACUCGAGGAGGGUGCCGAGACCGGGACGGUGGAUAUAGAGGCUGGUGUGACAUUCCUCCAGCUGGCCGAAUAUCUCCACAACAACAGUGCUUCUAUGGGGUAUACGUUGGUUAAUUGGAAUAUCACUAUGGCCGGUGCGGUAGCGAUGGGCGGACAUCGGUCUGCUGUCCGAGAGGAUUCAAUGGUCGCGGCAGGCGUGCUGUCACUAGAUAUCGUCAACGGGAACGGGGAUAUUGUGACAGUCGAGCGCGACGAGACUAACGACGACUGGCUUGCUGCUUCGACAUCUUUAGGCCUGUUGGGCGUAAUUGUUCGCAUGAAGUUCAAGAUCUAUCCAGACUUCAAGGUCUUUGCAAAACAGGAGACUCUAGAUGAAGAUGACGUACUAAAUGGCGAUAUUUACGGUUUGAUCGCCCCUUAUGCUACGGUCAACUUUUGGUGGUGGCCGUAUAUGAAGAAGUUCCAUUGGCGAUACUACGACAAGGUUCCGCUGACUCUUAGCACCCAGGAAGGAUUCCAGAAUACCUUCUCCCUCACCGACACCGAGGCCUUUAUCGCGAAAUCCACUUUAGAGAGCGGGAAGUAUCUGGCAACCUCAAACAUGUUCUUCGAGACCAUUGCGUUCGGUCUUUGGUCCGCUCCUAACUUCCGCGAGAAGACAACUCAGAAGACGAUCACGGAGUGGCCCGUCUACGGUUGGAACUACGAUGUCCUAAUUGGCGGUCUCUAUCCGGGUCAGAAGCCCGAGUGGGAGUACGGCCUGCACGGCUCUACCCUCGAGUUAGCAUUCCCUAUCACACUGGCCAACAAGAUGCUCAAGCGCGUACGACAAGCAUUUGACGACGAGGCUAAGAAGGGCAUUAUCAUGGCGAGCACUUACCGCAGUGGCAUCAACAUCAAAUUCGGGAAACCUUAUUACGAUUUGUUAGGCCAGGUCACAUACAACACGUCCGACGGGGCCGACUGGACCAAGGGCGCUAUCAUGUUCGAUUUCCCGUCGUUCAAGCCCACCGUCGGCGACGGAAAGCGUUUCAACGAAGAGUUCUACCCUAGAUUGGCCAAGACGCUCAUCGACGAGUUCCCGGCUAGGCCCCAUUGGACAAAGAACACGCGCGAGGUGUUUAGUAACGCCACGCAGAAUCUAGAUCCGGGUCACCUAAAGAGAUUUAAGGCCGUACGAGAGAAAUUCGAUCCGAAGGGCAUAUUCAAGAGUGUUGUUGGAGAGAUCCUGGGCUUUUAUGAUUGAACGAGUUGAAAUGUUAGGUGGAUGUCAUCCUUUAACCUAGUAUCUUGUCGCUGACAUCUUUUAUGAAUCCUGCUUGCUUUGAUGCUAGGAUAGUUAGCAUGUAUACUCUUGCAAUGGGAAAACAAGACCCAGCUAAAUAUUAGGUAUCUACUGUACCUUGGUAGUUAUAAGGAGGU